AUGGCUCUGUGUCUGUCGCUGUACGCGGCGAUGCAGUGCGAGGAGGCGCUCAGCGCAGACUCCGGAAGCCAGCACGGUGCAGACGUACACGUGUGGUUUGGCCGCCUUGACGGGCUCAUUGAGGCGGCAGAGCGCGUGUUAGACACCCUGGCGCACAGCUUCUCCUCGGGCCGACCCGAGGCAAUGCGGAACACUGGGAGGGCCGUCCUGGCUCUCGCCCGCGAGCUCUCCCGCAUCGAGGAGGGGCUCUCUGGAGUGGACUGCCGGGCGGUCGAGCCGGCCAGGAAGGCGGUUCACAUUCUGAUGGGUCAUUUCGUGCUGUUUGGGCUCAAGCGCGCGCCCACGCAGCUCGUAGGCGACGUCGCGAGGAGCAGCCUGGAGGAGGCCCGCACGCAGCUGCAGGACGACAGGCUCGCGGUGGCGCAGGAGAGCGUGCACGGCGGGACGUCGCCACCGCGGUGGUCCGGGCGGCGCCUCGCGCCCGUCGUACCGCGGCAAACGCGGCAAGCGUGA